GUAUCAGGCGUAACCGCCACGGUAGAUGUACACAGGAUUCAUGAUCGCAAGGAGUUGAGUGUGGAAUGCUUACAUCUCCAGCACAAGCGCUGUGUUUCACCUGUUGACUACCUUCAGGUUCUGCAGGAUAGUUGGAGAGCCGAGGAAGGCGAUGAAACGUCCACCGGGCAGGUUGGCCACCUCGAGGACCUUCUUACGUGGAUGUGCAGCUCAGCUCAACUGCGUCGGUCAGCUCAAGACGGAAGCCACAUCCGUGCCUGUGGUGUCAGUGGUGGCCACGACCUCGAUUUGGAGAAGGCGUGA